UGAUUUCAAUUUUUCCAAAUAGCUCAGCAAAGAGUAAGAAGAGAAAAGGAUGAGCGAGACGAGACCAGUGCCGAGGAGAGAGAGUCCAUGGGGUUUACCUGAAGGUCACCGUGAGCCCAAAGCUCACCGCUGCAACGAUCGCGUGGAAGACGUCGUCCAGGCGUUUUUCGAGGGAAACCCAUUUAAGACGGUCCCAGGACCUUUUAAACUAUUCUACCGAUGCAUGCGCUCUAAGCCAGGAGAGGAACCAACAGAGCCAUUCACAUACCUCGACCUGGAACCUCCGAAAAGAGAAGUAAAACUUGAGGAAUAGUGAAGUCCACCUCCUUUUGUUUUCCUUGGAAAUUUUUAAUUGAGAGCAUGUAAGCGCCAUGAGUCCAUGACUGUGGUUUUAAGUUUCUCUUCAACAUGUAUCAGGCAACAUCUUCUUAUUUCAUCAUGGUGUGCCAAUAAAAUUGAUACUUGGAGUUCCA